AUGGCGAGGUGGCAGUCUUCCCAGUCGGCGGAAAGGAAGUAUCCCAAGCCCUACAGCGGCACUUGUGGGAAGGCUAUGGAUGAGUGGUUUUAUGAGGGGUUGUCCUUUAACUUCAGCACACUGCGGCUCUUCACGGACAAUGUGGGCAAGGGGAUGGGCCACUUCACGCAAGUGGUCUGGAAGGGCUCCGUCAAAAUGGGUUGCGGCACAGCCAUGUCGGACUACACCAUCCGAUUUCUUUCGGGCGCCGUCCGGAUAGGUGGCUGCAAAGCAGUGGUGUGCAGGUACUGGCCACCCGGCAACAUCCCCACGGAUGCCGAGUUUGCCGCCAACGGAACGAGCGGAAACAUGAUUUGCCGUAAGUUUGCGAAUGCUGGUAGAGAUAGCGGGUAG